AUGGUGGACUUUGCAGGCUACGCUAUGCCAGUGCAGUACGAAGCGAAAGGAAGCAAGCACGCACUCAGCAUCAUCGAUUCGACGAAAUGGACUCGAGAGAGCGCUUCUCUCUUUGACGUGAGCCACAUGUGCAGUAUCAGGUGGACUGGAAAGGACGCCUUCGACUUUGUGGAGAGGGUGACUACUGCAGAUGUCUACGGACUCCCACCGAUGACCGGGUCGCUCAGCGUCAUCACCAACGAGCGCGGCGGUGUCAUUGAUGAUACCUUGGUCACAAAGUGCAACUCCAAGGAGCAUGGGGAACACGUGUACCAGGUGGUGAACGCGGGCUGCGCGCCUAAAGACCUGAAGCACUUUGAGGAGGAGCUGGGCAAGUUUGGUGGCGAUGUGAAAAUGGAGGUGAUGUGGGACAACCGUGGCCUUUUUGCCCUGCAAGGGCCAAAAGCAAUGGAGGUGUUGGAGCGCAUCAGCUCCACCAACUUGAAGUCGGUGCCCUUCGGUCAGUGCCUCUGGAUGACGCUGGAAGGUGCGGAGUGCCUGGUCGCCCGAUGUGGCUACACCGGCGAGGAUGGCUUUGAGGUCUUCGUGCCCGGCGACGCGGCGGUUCCGGUGUGGAGGCUCUUCACGGCGCAGCCAGAAGUGCGCCUGGCCGGACUCGGAGCACGUGAUUCCUUGCGGCUGGAAGCAGGCCUUUGCCUCUACGGCCAUGAGCUGGAUGAGGACACCAGCCCAUGCGAGGCUGGCCUUAGCUGGGUUGUGCCGAAGGCACGGCGUGAGGGCGCCAAAAACAAGUUCAUCGGAAGUGAUGAAAUUUUGGCCCAGCUGGCGGACAAAUCGCGAUACAAGAGGCUUCGCGCUGGUCUGAUGCCAGCCUCCGGCCCUCCGGCACGAGAAGGAGCUGACAUCGAGACCAUGGAUGGCCAGCCAGUGGGCAAGGUUACCAGCGGAAGCAUGUCUCCUUGCUUGAAGAAGAACAUCUCCAUUGGUUACAUCAACAAGCCCCACAACAAGCAGGGCACGGACCUGCAGGUGGUUGUCCGUGGCAAGCGCUAUCCGGCCAAAGUAGUCAAGAUGCCCUUUGUCCCCACAAAGUACUACAAACCUUGUUUUAGGGCCUGUGCCAGUUUGCACAAGGCCAACAUGUGCCGGCACAAGCUGAUGGCAUCACCAAGUUCUCCCGCGUUUCGCCUGAACGCCGGGGACUCGACGAAGAAGAUCCAAUGCGAGGAGAUGCCAUGCAAGCGCCUGGACGCAGCCAGAGCUCUCAACGCCCAGCUCAGUUCAUCCCCAGAUGGGGAACUGCUCCUCGCAGACUUUUUGCGUCGAGACGAUGACUGGCAAGUGAGAGUGACAGCCGCCAAGGCCCUUGGCGCGCUUAGCAGCUCUGCUCAUGCCGAGCGGCUCCUUGCGGCGUUGGUGGCUGCGCUGGGUGAUGUCAACUCCUUCGUGAGGGAAGCUGCAGCUGAAGCCUUGGGCCACUUUGCUGACAGCGCUCGGCCGGAGCACUCCGCAGCUCUGGAGGCCAUCCUGCGCUAUGACCGCGCCUCCGGUGCGCGCAGCGCAGCCGCCCGCGCCAUCGGGAAGCUGGCUGCUUGUGGCAGAGACUACAGGAGCAGCGCCAGCCUUGCUGCAGCCCUGGAAGAUGAGGCUUGGCAGGUUCGAUGGUCCGCCGCAGCAGCAUUGGCAGCCUUGGGCCAUUGCGCUGAGCCGCAGGUACCAGCUCUCGCGUCAGUGCUUGGCAAAGAUCCAGCCUGGUUAGUGAGGCAUGCAGCAGCUGCUGCGCUGGGUCGCUUGGGCGGCAGAGCAGCUCUAGAGGAAGCCCUGAGGUCGGAUCCCGACCCGAGGGUCCGCGAGGAGUCAGCGCGGAGCUUGGCGAGACUUGGUCAGUCGGAGGGAGCUGAAAGCUGCGCCUAUGCCCUGGCAGCCGCCUUGAAGGACGCAGAUGCGAAGGUCCGCGCCGCGGCCAUCGCGGGCUUGGGAUCUCAGGCCUCGGCGCGAGAGCACGCUGGGGACUUGGUGGAGCAGCUUCUGACCGGAGACGAUGACAUCAGCGGGGCCGUGGGCCGCUUCUUCCAAGACGCCACCAGCGGUGCCGCCACUGCCCUGGUCGCUGCUGCCUUUGGGCCGGCUCAGGAGGCGGUGCGGGAGCUUCAUGAGAUCUCUGAGUGGGCGGCCGCCAUCGCCCAGAAGGUCUGGCGUUUGGCGGCGGACCUCAAAAGCCCCCAGGCGAGUGUGUCGGCCGAGCGCUAUCUCACCCUGCUGGGCCCAGCUGCCGGCAUUUGCUUGGCCAGCGAGGUCAUCAAAGCCAAAGCAGUGGACUUCGCCCCUCGCAUGGCAACCAUCCGAGGGCUCAUCUCCUGCUUCACCCGGCCCCUGGACAAAGCCCAGCUACCAGACCUGGCAUGUGCUGCGCUCUCAGAAUGGAUCUACGAGCCGUCUGUGGAGACCCUUCCGGUUCCAGGCCUGGAGCUGGUGAAGCUGCAGCGGCCCGAGGAGCACCACGGCAUCAACCUCCAGUGGGCGCUUCUGCGGGACCAGUGGGGCAGCUGCUUCCUGGUCUUCCGGGGCUCCGAGACGGUGCUGGAUUGGACGGAGAACAGCUACAUGUCGUUGCGGCGGGUGAACGUGCCGAGCUGGCAAGGAGUGCUGCUGCUUCAUAGCGGCUUCUGGAGUACAGCAGAGGCGGAGUCCGAGUGCCUGCGCCAAGCCAUAGUGGAAGCUGCCGCCGGCGUGCCUUUUGAGGAGCUGAUCUUGUGUGGCGGCUCCAAGGGAGGCGCAAAUGCGCUGGCUGCAGCCAUACAAUGGUCGCUGCCACUCACUGGCCGAGCCUGGCUCGAUGACUUGCCGUGCCGCGAGUUGGUGGUGGUGACCUUCGGAGCGCCGAACAUCGCGGGCAGAGGCAGCGGCCAGCCGGAGACCACCCGCGCGCUGGAGGAGCUGCAGGCGGCUUUGCACAAGAGAGCGCCUCGCUCCAGAGCCUGGCGGUUUAUUGAGGAUCCGGUGCCAGCCUUGAUGAGCGCCCGAAGUCAGCAGGUCCUUGGGCAGUACUACAAAGGCGCGAGUGGCCUGGCCUUGGGUGCAAUGCGGCGCUUCAUGCCAAAUGCCUACAAGAAGGGCCACAAAUACCUGCAGGAGGCCAUGCGUGUCACUGCGACCUUCCAGGCAGUCCUUCCAGAGGCACUGCUGGAUCCUCCUCCAGAUGUGAGCCGCGGGGAAUUUGAUGCCUCAGUUCAUCCGCAGCGGAACUACACUGAGGCACGGCAAGCGCAGCGCGCAGUUCACACUCGCAUGCUGGCCUUCGCCGGAGCCUCCUGGGGAAGCCGGGCCCAAGGUGCUGGACUCGCCUCUCCUGCCGGGAUCUUGGAGCCGAGUGAGGCGAGCGCGCCGCGGAGGAGCCCGAGCUCCGCUUCGCAAGGAAGAUCAGCUGCAGCUCUCUUUGCGGCCUUGGUGGCCGCAGACAGAAGGUUAAGACCUCGCCCGCGGGUUCAGCUGCGGCCCUUCCGGCGCGACUUGAGCCUGGAGGGCUAUCCGAUCCACUGUAACGGCUACUACUGGACGCUGUCAAAGUGCACUGAGGCAGUGCUCAUUUACAUUCCCAUCGCCGACGAUGUAAAGAAGGAGGAUGUGGUCUUUGACUGCCGGAACGGAGUACUUCAGGCCGGACUUGUCCCGGAGAAGGGCGGCCUGGUCAUCAACGACAAGGUCUUGUACGAGGUUGAUGUCAUCGACUCGUACUUUACCCUCGAUGACGGCGAGUAUGGCGAGCGCUGCCUUUCCAUUUGGCUGGAAAAACGGACCAAGGAGCAGCUUUGGUAUGCCUACGAUAGAUUCGAGCCCGUCAGCGAGCGCUUCUUGCUCCAGGGCGAGAAGAAAAAGGCAGAACUGAAGUUUCAGAUCACGAAGAAAUGCUUCCUCGAUAUUGAGAUCGAUGAGAAACCCAUGGGCCGCAUUGUGUUGGGCCUUUAUGGCGACACCAUGCCGCGGACAGUCGAGAACUUCAAGUGCUUGUGCACAGGGGAGAAG